AUGGCUGACAAGAGUCAAGCAGAGACAAACCCUUUGCUACGACGGCCGCUAUACAUCUACGACCUUCCUCCUGAGUUAUUAUUCACCCUUACACUCGCCGGAAAGGAACAGGCGCAGCCACCCGACCAUAUUCCCACAGAUGAACCUACAGUGCGGCACACUAACAACAACGAAGACGGUGUUGCGAACUCGACAUCGUGUACGCUGUGCAAAGUCAAAUUCAACACUGUUCAAGACCAGCGAAACCACGUCAAGUCAGAUUUCCACCGAUACAACCUCAAGCUGAGCAUAAAACAGCAGCCUCCCGUCGACGAAGCAACCUUUGUGCGCCUAGUCGGUGACUUGGACGAGUCAUUGUCGGGCUCCGACUCGGAUGACUCUGAGGACGAGAAUGACGAGGGGUUAAAAGAUGGAGACAGCACACUCACGGCUCUGCUGAGAAAGCAGGCCAAAAUAUCUCGCCCUGAUGUCAAUGGCCAGACAGAAGGCUCUGGGAAGCGUGGAUUUGGAAAUGCGCCUUUAAUAUGGCUUUCAAGUCCAAAAGUAGGGGACGACGUCGGCUUAGGAGUCUACAGGGCUAUUUUCUCGUCGGAGGAGCAGGAACAAGCGCCCGCGUCUUUGGUGGACAUCAUCCAGAAGAAACAGCUGAAGCCAGCGCCGGCAAAAUUGAGCGGGCAAGCACAAAAGGGUGCAAUGCAAGCCGCUCAGAAAGAUCCCCACUUCUUUCUCUGUAUGAUAGGGGGUGGCCAUUUUGCAGCCAUGGUUGUUUCAUUGGUGCCAGAACUACGGAAAGGGCCCGGCGGCAUUGAAGAACGCCAUGCGGUCGUCAAAGCUCACAAAACGUUUCACCGAUAUACCACGAGACGGAAACAGGGCGGCUCGCAAUCGGCAAACAACAACGCUAAAGGCAACGCACAUUCCGCAGGAUCAUCCAUCCGGAGGUACAAUGAGAUGGCGCUAGAAGCCGAUGUCAGAGCUGUGCUGCAUGAUUGGAGAGUUAUGAUCGACAAUGCCGAAUUGCUCUUCGUACGUGCAACAGGAACUACCAAUAGAAGGACGUUGUUUGGACCCUAUGACGGCCAAGUCUUGAGAAGUACAGACAAGCGGAUACGCGGCUUCCCAUUCAGUACCCGUCGAGCAACCCAAGCCGAACUGCUUCGUUCCUUCCACGAACUGACCAGGCUUAAGAUUGGUAGGUUGACCGAGCCUGAGCCGGAGAAGUUGGCCCCUGAGAAGGCGCCGAAGGAACGGAAAGCGAAACCUCAAGCCCCAAAACUGAGCAAAGAAGAAGAGGCGGCACAAUUUCACACCUCGCAACUGCAAGCCCUCAUCCGGCGGUCCAAGGCACCCGGAGUCCUCCUCUACCUGACCAAGAACGACCUGUCCCCUGACUUUACCUUCUUCCCUGCAUCAGACCAUCACCACGCUCCGACACCGCUCCACCUCUCCGCCUCCACGAAUUCCCCUGCGCUGAUCCUAGCGCUCCUCGCCAAGGUCAGAGCCAAUCCAACUAUCAGAAACGACGAUGGCAAGACGGCGUACGACGUCGCAGGAGACACCAAGACACGGGAUGCCUUCCGCAUCGCUCGCCACCAGCUAGGCGAAACCGCCUUUGACUGGGCCGCCGCCCACGUCCCCUCGGCUCUUUCCCAAGAAGAAGUCGAUGCCAAAGCGGCACAGGAGAAAUCAAUCUCCGACGCAGCGGAAGCUCAGCGCAGACAAGCUGAUCUAGAGAGGUUGAGGCAGGAAGAAGAGAAGCGUAGUGUGAAUCGGAUCGAGCGGAAGGCUGGCGCGGGCAAGACGCUCACAGCAGCAGUGGAGAAGACGGGCGCCGAAAGGAGAGAAGAGGAGGCGAGAGGCCUGACGCCCGAAAUGAGGAUGAAGCUGGAGCGCGAGAGGAGAGCAAGAGCGGCGGAGGAGAGGUUGAAGCGUAUGCAAGCUGGACGAUAA